AUGGAGCUGCAUCCCUGCAAUGCCGGUGAGGGGACACGAAAGUGGGUGGAGGGUGUGGCGUCGUGCGGGGAGCAACACAUGGCUGGAAUGACCCUGAUGCUGGAAGUGCUAACUGCACAAGGCACACUACAAGCACAUGCACCGCCAGCCGCACAAGCAGGCAGGAAGAGAUGCAGGGGUUGGGGACUUGUAGAGUACAGCCGAGCACAAGACAAGACCUGCAGUUCUGAAAAUUUGCGCAAGGUCAGCCGUAUGUCACUCUGCAGCAUGUUGUUGCUGUCACGCGCGCAGCACAUAGUAACCACACCAGUGAAUGAUUGGACAGAGCGCCCGUUUCAUCGCAUCACGAUUGGACAACGAGACGAUGCUUGCGUAGUGGCAUUGUGA